UGCAGCCUGCGCCAUGACGUAAUGUCUCUCGUGCCCCAAGCACCGCCCAGACCGGGCUGCUGGCGACGUCAUCGCGCGGCUGGGGGACUCCGAAGGCCCCGGCCGCUCCAGAGACACCAAUCAAGAGACAGAGAUACAUUGGGACGCACGAACACACACAGAGGCACUGAGAGACACUACAAAACAGAGACACUGAGAGACUCGCACCGAGACCACGCAGGCGUACGCUCUGGAAGCCGGGUGGUCGCAGCCGAAACCAAACAACAACAGACGCCGCCAUUCGCUUGUCAAGCGGCGGCGACCUCACCGCCGGGGGUCUCGUGCCAGGCUCGGUGCGCCUGAGCCUCACGCCAAGGCGUCGGAGGCUCGCGGGACACACGACGGCUCGGGGCAGGGGGACGUGGGUAAGAGUGGAGAGCCCGCGCACUCCGACACGCAGCAGACGAAGGUCGUCCCCCCCUCCCCCGUAUAGAGAGUCCCCAUCUGGUCAGGCGAAGUGGGGCAAGUGGCGGUUUCAGUGACUUGCCUAAAAGCAAGUCAGGUAGGCAGUCAGGCAGGCUGUCAAGCAGUCAGGCGCUGCAACGAGUUCGUCCGACCGUGGCCUCGGUUAACCGCACCGCGAGGUCGCCCCAAGCGAGUCCGGAGCGAGGUGCCGCGAACCGAGAAGCCGCCGGCCCCGUCCGGUCGCGCUGAGAUCGUUCGUGCUGGGUCCCGUCGCCGCUGGGCCGGUCGGGAGCCAGCCCGGCCGCGCCUUCGAUCCAACCGGCCGCCUCGGAGACGAUGCGGAGCCAAGUAGUCGAGUGGGGUCGUCGGCGGCGGCGAGAGAGGAGCGGAGGACACUCGGAGGAGGUCGAGCGGAGGAGAGCAGCAGCCGGUGGUGGUGGAGGAGGAGAAAGCCUCCCUCGCUGUACCUCGCAGCAGCAGCAGCAGCAGCGUCUGAGGAAGAGGCGGACACGGGAGACGAGGAGGGCGCUUGGGGCGACCCUCGACCCGAUGCCAUGGCCAAGCCGGUCACGCUCAACGUGGGCGGCACGGUGUACACCACGAGCCUCGACACGCUCACCCGCUUCCCCGACAGCAUGCUCGCCGCGAUGUUCAGCGGCAAAAUGCCCACGGCGCAGGACGCCCACGGCCGCUUCUUCAUCGACCGUGACGGCAAGAUCUUCAGGCACGUCCUCAACUUCCUUCGCACGUCACGCCUCGACCUGCCCGCCGGCUUCGGCGAGACGGAGCUCCUGAGGCGCGAGGCGGACUUCUACCAGAUCGGGCCUCUCGCGGAGGCGCUGCGCGGACGCUCCGGGUCCCCGUGGGCCUCUGAGGGGGGCCUCGGCGGGGGCUUCGGGCCCGGCCGGGGCAACGCGCUGCUGCACGUGGACACGGAGCGCCGCGCCCUCAGCGUGCACUACACGGUGCGCGAGGCGCCACAGGUCUACACGCUGGUAGCCCGCAGCCUCGAGGUCUUCACCACCAACAUCUUCUGCACGGCGCCCACCUUCUUCAAGGUGCUGCGCGCCCACUUGCGCGUGUGCGCUCGCGUCGGCACCGGCGGCGGCGGCGACGACGACGACGGUGCCGACGAUGAGGACGACGACGACGACGACGAAGACAAUGGUGACGACGGCGGUGACCGACGCGUGACGAUCGACGGGGCCGCGUCGCAGGGUGACGACACCAACCCCGCCACCUCGUCCAACGCCACGACCGCCACGUCGUCGUCCUCGUCCUCCGUCAAGUCGGACCGCGGCUCCGCGCCCCCGCGGCGUUACCACAUGUGCCUCCAGUGGGCGUCCCCGGGGGACACGAGGGGACUGCCCGCGCGGGAGUUCUCCCGCCUGGGCCUGGCCAAGCUGCACAGCACGGCCGGCGGCGGCCCUCCGCGUCCCGUGGACAGCGUCCGGGCCCUCACCGAGGAGGUGAUGCAGCUGGCGCUGCGGGCCGGCUUCUGCCUGGACGCGGCGUUCCCUGAGCCCGCGGACCUCCUCAACAGCACCACGCUCAGAUUCGUGCGCUACUGCUGAUGAGAUGUUGACUGCCUCGCCGGGUGUGCAGGUGGUCGUGGGUUCAAUCGCGACCCUGACGCGCGAUUCCUGUUGUAUGUUUAGAGUUUGCGUGUUCUGUUUCGCUCCCUCGCUCUCUCCACGUGGUCGCGCCAAUCGGUCAGGUGGAGCCCCAAUAUUUAAUUUGUCUCGCACGGUCACACCUUAGGCUAUUAUAUAUCGCGGCUUAUCUUGCCUAAUCGCAUCAUUACACACAGGUUGUUCUUUUACACUGUUGUUGAAAACACAUCUCAUGGUGGUUGUCAAGGGGGCCAAGGCACCCCCACGCUAGUUCCGCUACUGGCUGGAAUAGGAGGUCGUGGGUUAGAUCCCCACCCUGACGAUGGCCUGUUGUAUAUUUGGAGUUUGCGUGUCUCUCUCUCCCCGUGGUCGCGUGGAUUUUUCUCCGGGUCCCCCGGGUUUUCCUCACCAUAUUCAGAAUCGACACGCGUUUCGAGUGUUUGCUAUAUAUUUUAAAGCAAUCAGCCACUUGGUUGAACUAUCAAUUUGUGAGAGCCAGGUUGCUUCUGAAAAAGAGCUGUAUAGCUCAUUGGGCCUUACCUGGUAAAAUAAAAAAAUAUAGUUUAAUAGAGUGCGUGCGUGUGACUGCCUUGAACCAUGUCCUGGGCCUCCCCUAGGUCGACUGGGCUAGAAAUUAGUACCUGGUGCUGCGGUGUGUAAACAUCGCCACUGGGGAGACAAAGGUGGCCGGGCGUGGUUCUGCUUCUCACCCACACCCUCGUGUGCCGUGCCGGCCUUCAUAGGUGCUUCUCGUUAACAGCAUUUGCCCCAACAGUCUAAGGUUACACGGGGAGGCCUGUCUUUGACGACAUCCAGGCUCAGCUCAAGCGGUCCACUCUCUGGUUAUUAAUCAAUUAGUAGAUUAACUGUAACCACGGAGAUGUAUCUCUCCUUUUUUCGCUAUGUGUACCACACGUGGUAGUACAGUAUGUUAAUGUUUACGCGUGAACUUCUGUAAGCCCAUUAGAGGGGUGCUACGUUCAGCUCUUCUUGAAACGAAAUAUAAUUGACUAUUUAAAUCUGAGGGUGUGUGUGUGUUUGUGGCUAAGUUGUGAUUAUACACGCGGUGUAAUUCACACGCUCAUCCGCUGGGCAUUUACGCGCAUCGCCACCACCACGACCCUAAGCGAGUGUUGUGACAAUAGUUGCCAUGGUCUAGCAUAGCAUUUAAUAUAAUGGGAUAGAUAAGGACGCAGCCCUGCCCAAUUUACUGGCUCUCACGACUGCUGGUAGAAGGACCUCUUACUCACGGAAGCUCCUCCAUCUGGUAUUUUGUCUACUCUUCCACAUUGCUGAGAGGGAUUCAAGAGGCGAAAUCCCCAUUGUCUCCAGUGCCGCGCCGGGAGAUCGGAUGGAAUCAAACCGGCGGCUCCUGGAUUGCUUAGAAUGGUGAAGCUGAUCCCUAACUCCACGGCAGAAGCGGGUUCCUGCAAUAACCACCGCCAUCGUGAUUUCGUUUAUUUAUCCAGACUCCCCUAGCCUAAAGACUCUUUGACAUGGAGUGCCAUGGCUACUACAGACGUCUGGGACAAUGCCGCAUCUAAAGCAAAAACGGGGGGUGGGGGACGUGUGGUUUUUUGUUUGAGUGUGGGGGGAGGACUCGCCACACCUUCGAGAGGGAAAUAACGUCAUUCCGAAGCCCAAGGGACCAACUUCAAACUCUACAAAACUCGAGUUGGCAAAAAACCAUUGCUGCUGACACUGCAGGUGCCAUAGCAAGGGGAAGGGUGGGGAGGGAAGAGCGGCCGCCCGCCUGCCCCCGGGGGCGCUGCGGUAACGAUGAAAUCGGACCGACGGAAUCACCGAUCUUUGCUGAUAUUAGCCAAUCAAAUGAAGUUCGUGUCACAUUAUUACUCGGUCGAUAGAUCGAUUGCCAAUGAAUCAACAACAGUGAUUAACCCGUAAAUUAAGAUUAACCCUGGUAUUUUUUAAAAUGUUGGUUUAUUAUGAAUCGACUGAAGCGGCACUCGAUACAAAUUAAUCUCUUAUCAACGAAUCCGCGUGGGCAAUUCUCCGAUUGGUGAUCUUGUGUUAUACGAUUUUAUCGCCCGAUCACAGCACCCCUCGCCGUUCGCGAAUUGUCGAGCUGAGCCGAACUUGGUGGACCAAACAAAGCGAGCCGUGGCAGGGUGGUGACUGUCGUAUAAUUUUUUUGGAGGCGGCGGUGCCGGUCCCUCGGCAGUGCCCGAAAGCUCAAGGCGCCACACGGAAACGGCAGCACCUUAAGCUCAGUGGUUCAUCUUAACCUGUUGGUGCGAGAUGUGGCCAGAUUUUUUUUUUAAUAAAAAGUAAAUAAUCGAAAACACAAAUUCAGCACGGGACACGUACUUUGUUUCAUCAAACCCCAUGUAUUUAUUAACAUUGUACAUGUUUUAACGAUUAAGAACCAAAUGGGUGCAGGCUGCAGUAAAGGUUAAGAACCACUGCCUGAA